GACGCAAGUGCACCAGUGCCUUCUUCCCUCCGAAGCCUUGGACCUGUAGACCCCCAUGUGUUACGCCCCAUCUCCGACUAGCCACAUUCCUGCCUCUUGCAGGCCAGGCUUUGCUUAGAGCCCCUUCCUGGUUGGAGCUUCUUCUGAUGCUCCCGCUGUUGCUCCUCAGGGCCCGACUCUGCCUCUCUCGAGCUGUACUUCCUAGGCACCCGCACAGUGUUGGUUUUGUAGGCACUCUUGUGCUUCCCCCUGCUGGGCGGUUCCCAAGAUAGAGCCGGGUCAGUCCGAUUGGUACCCAUAGCCCAGUGACAGAAUGCGGGACUAUCGAGAGCAAUUAUUUUUGGCCAAUCAAAGGACGGAGUGAAACGGUCUCUAAGGAAGAGGCGCAGAGUUUCCUGAUAGAUAACCAUCUCCUGGAGAAGGCUGAGCUGCUGGCCCCGUUCUCGGAGAAACUGCACCCAGAGCCAAACGAUGUUACUCCUGCAACCCACCAGGGCCCCUGAUGGCCUACCAGGUGGUGGAAAAGAGCGCAGCCCUGGCCGCCCUAGAAUCUGAACUGGAGGAGCGUCGCAGCAGGCUGGCGGCUGUGGAGGCUAGGGUGGCGCAGCUGAAGGAGGCGCGGGCACAGCAGACCCGGCAGGUGGAAGCGCAGCAGGCUAGGAACGCGGCACGGCGGCUGGCCUACGAGGCAUUGCGCGCGCACCUGGGACUCCAGGAGGCAGCCCUGCGCAAGCUGGAGGAGGAGGCGCGCGACCUGCUGGAGCGGCUCGUGCAGCGCAAGGCUCGAGCUGCUGCAGAACGCAACCUGCGCCUCGAGCGCCGCGAGAGGGCCAAGCAGGCACGGGUGUCCCAGGAGCUAAGGAAGGCUGCCAAGCGGACAGUGAGCAUCAGCGAGAGCCCAGACACUCUAGGUGUCGGGAUCAAGGAGAAGGCCGAGGUGACUCUGACACUGCCUGCUGAGCCGGAAUUUCUAGCGAGUGAGGCUGGUGAGAAGUGGAAGAGGCCUUUUAGGUCUGCCUCUGCCACCUCCCUGACCCUGUCUCACUGUGUGGAUGUGGUGAAGGGGCUUCUGGAUUUUAAGAAGAGGAGAGGACACUCCAUUGGGGGAGUCCCUGAGCAGCGAUACCAGAGCAUCCCUGUGUGUGCGGCUGCCCGACUUCCCACCCGGGCUCAGGAUGUGCUGGAUGCCCACCUUUCUGAAGUCAAUGCAGUUUGUUUUGGUCCCAAUAGCAGCCUGCUGGCCACUGCGGGGACUGACCGCCUCAUCCACCUCUGGAAUGUCGUGGGAGGUCGCCUGGAGGCCAACCAGACCCUCGAAGGAGCUGGUGGAAGCGUCACCAGUGUGGACUUUGACCCCUCGGGCUCCCAGGUACUGGCAGCUACGUACAAUCAGGCCGCUCAGCUCUGGAAGGUGGGACAGGCGGCGUCCAAGGAGACACUGUCUGGACACACAGACAAGGUGACAGCCGCCAAAUUCAAGCUAACGAGGCACCAGGCAGUGACUGGGAGUCGAGACCGGACAGUGAAGGAGUGGGACCUCGACCGUGCCUACUGCUCCAGGACCAUCGAUGUCCUCUCCUACUGUAACGAUGUGGUGUGCGGGGACCAUGUCAUCAUCAGUGGCCACAAUGACCAAAAGAUCCGGUUCUGGGACAGCAGGGCCCCCCGCUGCACACAGGUCAUCCCCGUGCAGGGCCGGGUCACCUCCCUGAGCCUCAGCCUCGAUCAUCUGCAUCUGCUCAGCUGCUCCCGGGACAACACGCUCAAGGUCAUCGACCUGCGUGUGAGCAACGUCCGCCAGGUGUUCAGCGCUGACGGCUUCAAGUGCGGUUCUGACUGGACCAAAGCCGUGUUCAGCCCAGACAGAAGCUACGCGUUGGCAGGUUCCUGGGACGGAGCCCUUUACAUCUGGGACGUGGACACUGGGAAACUGGAGAGUAGCCUACGGGGACCCCACUGCACCGCUGUCAACGCUGUGGCCUGGUGCAACUCCGGGAGCCACGUGGUGAGCGUGGACCAGGCCAGGAAGGUCGUGCUCUGGCACUAGUGCUGUGACCUCCCCUGCCUGGGCUGGAGCUCGAGUCCGAAGCCUGAAGCCGGAGAACAGCUUCCCCUGGGCCCCAGGGAGGUGUGGGCAGGGUGCGGGUGGCUCGGGGCCUCUGGUGGGGAAGAAGGCCGGCGGGGCCUUUGUUUAAAAAUAAAGUGUGGGUUGGUGCAGGGGACAGAUUACAAUACUUUUUGUUUAUCUCCGUCUCCUCACUUCCUGUGCCAAAAGUGGGGGAAAAAUGCAUCUAAACUGG